UAUCUUAUCUGUGGUAGUACAUAAUAAGUAGUUUACAGAAAUAUGAACAUAAUCGAAAUAGUCUGUCGUUAAAACAUUAAUAAAAUUAAGAUGUUUUAGUACAAUUACUUUAAAUUUAACUUCUCAAUCUUAUAGGUCAAUGACUUAUUAUUUUAAGUGACAUUCAAAUCUAUCGACUGCUAUGUUAUUUUUAUGAUUUAAAAAUUAAGUAGUUGUUUUUUCAAAGAUAAAACCUAAUAUUGGAAGUUUAUGUAAGAAUUUUUAUAAUAGUUCUUAACAUUCUUUACUUCUUUUAUUGAUUUUAUUUCAAAUGGCCGAAAAAGCUGCUCAUCAUACUACAACUGUUGUAACAUGUCCAUCAAUUUUUGAAGUUAUUGCUCAAGAAAGUUUAUCAGCUACUAUUUAUCCAGCACUAAAAAAACUGGUUGAUUAUAUAAAUCUUAAGAAUUCAAACAAAUGUAUUUGGUUAGUUCAGUACUUCGAUGAAGUUUACUUAAUCUUCAAUAGUUUAUGUCAAUUAUAUUAUUUAAAAACAUAUGGAGGAACAUUUUCAGAGAAUUUUUAUGAUUUAACUAGAGUUAGGCAACCUAGCAACUUGAGAUCCGCUCAAAAGCAACUUUUAUUCAAUUUAGCAUUGACUGUUUGUGUUCCUUAUUUACGGAUUAAAUUGGAAACUUAUAUUACCAACUCGAAAACAAAGCAUAAUACUCAGCUUUUAGAUAAAUAUAUUAUUAUUUUAAAUAAAAUUGUAUAUACUACUUGGGAAUUAUUAUGUUUGAUAUAUUAUUUAAAAUAUUUAACUGGUAUUAGCCAAACACAUUCUCCUUUAUUUGAUGUGGCAGGAAUUAAAUUAACUUAUAAAAAUUAUGCAUCAAGAAAAAAUGAUACAAUUCAUCAAUUAAGUAUUCGAGAAUGUAUAAAAAGCUAUUUGCACUAUGGGAUAUCGCAUUCACUGGAAUUGAGUGCAUUUUUCUUGCAAUUUUUAAAUUGGUGGCAUUCAGAAAAUUUACAAUCAAAAUUUAUUGCAUACCCUAUACCAUAUCCUCCAAAAAUAAAUGAAAAGUACAUUUCUGUCAACAAAUCAUCUAAUUGUCCUAUUUGUAUGAAUGAAAAAAAAAUGCCUACAGCUCUUAGGGUUUCAGGGUUUGUGUUUUGCUAUAAAUGUUUACAUAAAUCACUUAUGAUGGAUUCAAGAUGCCCAGUUACCAAAUUACCAGCAACAAUGCAAGAUAUGAUAAGAGUGUAUUCUGAAAAUAAUUGAUUGUAUAUUUAUUUUUAUAAGUAAUAAACUUUUAUUCUUUAUAUAAUGGAAUUAAAUACAUUUUUAAUAAGUA